UUUUUUUUUUUUUAACAACUUAUUUUAUACCAUUCCACGUAUCCAAUAAAACUCACUACUUUUAAUUAUAAUACAAAACAAUAAGAUACCCUCCAAGUUUAUUCUAUUUAUUCAUCCAUUAGUCUUCCUGUAACUUACAAUUACGCAAACCAAAUACUAAACAAUGUCGUCUCCUUUACCUGUCAAUGCCAAACAAUACUGGGCUAACAAUAUAGAUGAAGAAUCAACUCAACCCUCUCAUUCUGGUGUUGGCGGUGAUAAUACUGGUAUUCUCUCAAGUUCAUAUGAUCGAAACAUGGCCACUGCAAGAUUAACAUCUUCUCCAGUUCCUCCCAAUUUUUCUGGUUCUCGACAUUCCCCUCCUUCAGGUGAUGGAAGUGAUGGAUUAUCCCAAAGGUCUUUAGGAAGUCAUACCGAUUUAGAACAAUUAUUUACCACUGGUACUGGAUUGUUUCGUCCAAUGUCUACACCUACUUAUAACUAUGAAGAUAAUACAGUAUCUGCUGAUAUGACUGAUGAUCGGAUUGCUAGAGUCGUCAAAAGGCAUUUGGCUGGUGCUUCCUCUCCAACUGGCUCAGCUCGAAGUGCUUCUCCCAAUAAUAAUCUUUCUCGUGUCAAUACACAUAAUUCGGUUGGCAACAAUAGAAUGGAUCAUUAUGGAUCAUCAAGUCAAACUGGUAGUCUCUUUGAUUGGACAGAGGAUUGGAAUGGUGGUGGGUCUUCUUCUUUAGUGAUCAAUGCACAUCAGUUACCCGGCGGCGCAAUCACGCACGAUAUUUACAAAUGGGCCGAGGAUCAAGAACUUGAACAAUGCAAACGCCAACGGUCCCAAUCCAUGUAUAUUCCUCGUCAAGAGCAUACUGAUCCAGCAUUGGCUCAUUUAAAGGAUCCUGGUGGUUUCCGUCGUCAUUUUGUCGUGGAUAAAGCUGCUCGCGAAGGAAAAGAACCUCCUCAUUGGAUGACUCGUACUUUUGUUGACUUUUUGGCUCUCUAUGGACAUUUUGGUGGUGAAGAUCUCAGUGAUGAUGAAGGUGAAGAGGAUGAAUUCGAGGAUCGACUUUCAAUAGAAGAAGAAGGUUCUACUGGUAUACGACGACGACGACGACAAAGAGAAGAGGAUGAGGAUGAUGAAACUUCUCCUUUGAUUCGAAAAGCACAAGCAAAUGCAGUUCAAGGAACAGCAACUCCUGCAAAGGCGGUAUUUCUUUUACUCAAAUCAUUUGUUGGCACUGGUGUGAUGUUUUUACCCAAAGCUUUCUACAAUGGUGGUUUAUUUUUUUCCACGGCAUUAUUAACCACUAUUGCUGCAGUGUCUCUUUAUACAUUUUUACUUUUGGUGGAAACAAGAAAUAAAGUACCUGUCUCAUUUGGUGAUAUUGGUGGUAUUCUAUAUGGAAAACGGAUGAGGAUGGCUGUCUUGAUUGCAAUCACAUUUUCUCAGAUUGGUUUUGUAUGUGCUUAUAUGGUAUUUGUUGCUCAAAACAUGCAAGCAUUAGUUGAAGCAUUAUCAAACUGUGAAAUUCGUGUACCGUUAUCUUAUUUAAUCCUUGGUCAAAUUGCUAUCUUUGUACCUUUGGCGAUGAUCCGCAAGAUUCAAAAGUUGUCUGCCUUUGCUUUGAUUGCUGAUUUAUUCAUUUUACUUGGUUUGAUCUGUCUUUAUUACUAUGAUUUCUCCACUUUGAUGACUCUGGGUAUUGGAAAUGUAGAAUGGAUUAUCAAUGCAAAAUCUUUUCCAAUGUUCAUCGGUACAGCUGUCUUUACUUAUGAAGGUGUUGGUUUAGUGAUCCCUAUUACUGAAUCUAUGAAGGAACCAGAAAAGUUCCCCAAGGUACUUUCUUAUACUAUGAUUGGCAUUACGACGAUCUUCUUAUCAGUUGGCUUCUUUUCUUAUUUGGCAUUCGGCAACAAUGUACAAACAGUGAUCUUGUUGAAUUUACCUGGAACGGCGGCCGUCAACACUGUGCAAGCACUAUAUGCAUUAGCCAUCUGUCUUUCGAUCCCUCUCCAACUAUUCCCAGCAAUUCGUAUUACUGAAAACGCUCUGUUCUCAAAAUCUGGAAAGAACAACCCGGUAGUGAAAUGGCAAAAGAAUGUGUUCCGAUUUGCUGCUGUCCUAGCAUGCGCCUCUAUUGCUAUCAUUGGUUCUGGUGAUCUGGAUAAAUUUGUCUCUUUGGUAGGCUCUCUCUGUUGUGUACCGCUAUGCUUCUUGUUCCCUCCCUUAUUCCAUCUCAAGGCAAUUGCAAACACCUGGCGCCAAAAGGUUAUCGAUAUCUCCAUCUUGAUCUUUGGUAUUCUUUCCAUGACUUAUACUACUGGUAUCACCAUCGUGCUUUGGUCUCAAGGCGGUGACGAGGCUCCUAUCAGUCGAUGUAUCCCUGGCAACUAAACAGCAAUAACAACAAAAUUAGAAAUAUAUUGGAAAAUCAAUAGGAUGAUCUGGUUUGAAGAAAUUUAUCAACAUUAGUGUAAAUUCCUUUUUUUGAUUUUCAUUUUUAUCUCUCUCUCUUCUUUUUAAUUAUGAAUAUUAGUGAUAGCGAUGAUCAUAGUAGUACCUAUAGUAUACCUUUAUUAUUAUUAUUAUUAUUAUUAUUAUUAUUAUU